AGUGCCGACUAGCCAAUGGGGUUCAGGGGGAGGUCCUUGAGCUCUGACCAGUCAAACACACUCUCCUUCCUUAUAUGGCAGCUGAUCUCCAUGGUAACGUGUGCUAAGUUGCAGCAGUCGUGUCAAAGUUCACUAUAUAGAGAGCUCAGUGAGCUGAUCAGAGAGAAAGCAUUCUGCCAGCCCGGCUCCUACCAAUCGCAAAUCACUUCCUAACCUCCGCCUUUUUAACAUAUUUGAUCACUUUGAUUCUGCACUCCUUUUCCUAUUAUUUUUCAGUGCACGGAGGAGGUUUGUAGGUUGCGAUCUUUUGAGGGUUUUUUUCUUUUAUUUUUUCUGUGGAGGAGAAGAGUUUGUCCUCAUAUCUUCCAAGCUCUGAAAACAUUGGCUUCAUCCAUCUGCGCGCUUUCUGGCGCAAGGAGAAAACUGAAGAAGACGCAGUUCCUUUUUUUCUUCCUUUCUUCUGUUUUUUUUUUCCUUCCUUCAAGAUUUGUGCUGGAACUUCAUAGUAGCUGCUACAGCGCCGACUGUUCCAUGCUGCUGCGGGAGUGGUCUCACCAGCCAGCCUGCUCCAUCACUCAGUCCAUGCUACCUCGGCUGAUGCUUUGUUUUGUUUUUUAAUAUUUAACCCGCCGUUCCUCGCUGCCUGCCGUGCUGGAUGGCUGACUGUAAGCGCCCCUGGACUUGGCCUUUAAGCGCAAGGCAGCGACUCAGCUCGCCAACGCAUCAGUUCUGAAAACGUGCCUCGUCUCCGCCAGCUUUCACGGCAUUUUCGGGAGCUCCACGGUGGAUCCGGCGCCGGAGAGAGCUGACGUUCGGUGCGCACGCCUGACAGAGCCAGUUUUUUUGCCGCAUUUCCCCUUUGACAACCUCAUCCACCGCGACACCAAAACGGCAGACAAAAAGUUUCUCUCCGUUGACUGAUAGAUAUGGCAAUGGUAGUGUGGAGAGGCUCACAGGACGAUGUGGCUGACCCCCAAGGCACCCUUUCCUCGCAAACGCAAGGAGGACUAUCCCUGCCGACCCCUCAGCCGGGCCAGCUGAAUCUGACAGGCUCCCAGGUCGCCCCUCCGACCCCCCAGACUCCGGUGCAGGGACCCCCGAACAACACGCAGCCCACGCCGACGAACCAGACGACGCAGCAGUCGGAGAAGCAGCCGCAGCACAUCGAGUGCGUGGUGUGCGGGGACAAAUCCAGCGGCAAGCACUACGGCCAGUUCACCUGCGAGGGCUGCAAGAGCUUCUUCAAACGGAGCGUACGACGGAACCUCACUUACACAUGCCGUGCCAACCGGAAUUGUCCAAUCGACCAGCACCACCGCAAUCAGUGUCAGUACUGCCGCCUCAAAAAAUGCCUUAAAGUCGGCAUGAGACGGGAAGUUUCUCUUUUUACUGCAGCCGUGCAAAGGGGACGGGUGCCACCCACACAGCCACACCACGGCCAGUUCGCCUUGACAAAUGGAGACCCACUCCACUGCCAUUCCUACUUAUCCGGAUAUAUCUCUCUUCUGCUGAGAGCGGAGCCCUACCCAACGUCCCGCUAUGGCAGCCAGUGCAUGCAGCCCAACAACAUCAUGGGCAUCGAGAACAUUUGUGAACUUGCAGCCAGGAUGCUCUUCAGCGCCGUGGAGUGGGCCAGGAAUAUUCCCUUCUUUCCAGACCUCCAGAUCACUGACCAGGUGGCUCUGCUGAGGUUGACGUGGAGUGAGUUAUUUGUGCUCAACGCCGCGCAGUGCUCCAUGCCCCUGCAUGUGGCUCCCCUCCUGGCGGCGGCUGGCCUUCACGCCUCCCCCAUGUCCGCGGACAGAGUGGUGGCCUUUAUGGACCACAUUAGGAUCUUCCAAGAACAAGUGGAGAAGCUCAAAGCUUUGCACGUUGACUCUGCUGAAUAUAGCUGCUUGAAGGCAAUUGUGCUCUUCACCACAGAUGCUUGUGGCCUCUCAGAUGUGGCCCAUGUGGAAAGUUUGCAAGAGAAGUCCCAGUGCGCCCUGGAGGAAUAUGUCCGGAGCCAGUAUCCCAACCAGCCAACACGGUUUGGGAAGUUGUUACUCCGCUUGCCUUCCCUCCGCACAGUCUCUUCCUCGGUCAUAGAACAAUUAUUUUUCGUCCGAUUGGUAGGUAAAACCCCAAUUGAAACUCUCAUCAGGGAUAUGUUGCUUUCGGGGAGCAGUUUUAACUGGCCUUACAUGUCAAUUCAGUAAGAAAAGGACAAACAAAAGGUGGGGCUGAGGUGGGCGAGGGGGGGCUGCGAGACAACAAUGAUUAUAGCUGCUUUUGUGGAAGGAAGAAAUGACAAAAAAAAAAGAAAAAGUAACCGGCUGUUAAACGGGGCUGGCUUUCAUGAAGAAA